AUGGCAACCCAGGUGAAGUCUCAGGGGCGUGGUCUCUCAGCUUUAUUUUCAUGCUGCUACAGAAAAGAAGACCAACCAGAAAUCACUUACUGCCAUCAAAAUGUUGACACUGCAGCUGUGAUGGAGCCCACUCUGCCCAUGCCCCCAUCUCAGGAGCUUAAUGCCAUGUUCAUGGAGCUGGUGGAUGAACUGGACCUGACAGAGGAGCACAAAGCUGCCAUGCUUGAUUUGCCAGCAAAGAAAAAGUGGCAGAUCUACUGUAGUAAAAAAAUGGAAGCAGAGGAGAAUAAGGGGGCAACCAGCUGGCCAGAGUUUUACAUUGACCAGCUCAGAUCUCUAGCUGCUAGGAAGACUCUCCUGGCAUUGGUGGAUGAAGAAGAUCAGGGCAGUUAUAAGAUUGCAGAAUCCCUGAAAACAGCAUUGAGGACACAGCCAAUGAGGUUUGUGACACGAUUCAUCGAGCUGGAUGGUCUGUCUUGUGUUCUGGAUUUCCUCAAGUCAAUGGACUAUGAAGCUGCGGAGUCUCAGAUCCACACCUCCCUGAUUGGCUGCAUCAAAGCCCUGAUGAAUAACUCUCAGGGCAGAGCUCAUGUCCUGGAACACUGUGAGAGCAUUAAUAUAAUUGCACAAAGUCUCAGAACUGACAACACAAAAACCAAGGUUGCAGUGUUAGAGAUUCUCGGUGCAGUAUGUUUAGUACCAGGAGGCCAUAAGAAAGUUCUUGAAGCUAUGCUGCACUACCAGAACGUUGCCUCAGAGAGAACCCGCUUUCAGAACCUGGUUAUUGACUUGGACAGGUCUACAGGCCACUUCAGAGAAGAUGUUAAUCUGAAGACUGCCAUCAUGUCCUUCAUCAACGCUGUGCUCAGCCAGGGAGCAGGAAAGAGCAGUCUGGAGUUCCGUAUACAUUUGCGCUACGAGUUUCUAAUGUUGGGAAUUCAGCCAGUCAUCGACAAACUGCGUUCCCAUGAGAAUGCCACCCUAGAAAGGCAUCUGAACUUCUUUGAGUUAUUGAGAAAUGAAGAUGAGUUUCUGAUGUCCAAACAGUUUGAUGUUGAGCAUAUAGAAACUAAAAGUGCCAGCCAGAUGUUCGCGCUGAUCAAGAAGAAUUUGAACCACACUGAAGCUUACCCUCACCUCCUGUCUGUACUGCAGCGCUGUCUCAUGACGCCAUAUAAGAGGAGCAGUACUUCACUUCAGUACUGGGUUCUGUUGGACCGGAUAGUGCAGCAGCUGGUUCUGCAAACAGACAAAGGUGAAAACCCAGAUGUGGCUCCACUGGAGGACUUCAAAGUGAAGAAUACAGUCUGCAUGCUGGUCAAGGAGAAUGAACAUAAACAGUGGAAAGAACAAGCUGAUAAAAUGAGAAAAGAGUAUCAGAACUUAAAGGAGCUUUUUGAAAAGAAGGAGAGGACAUGUGAAGUGAAGAACAAAGAGAAAGAAGAUGUGCUGUUAAUGCUGAACAACCUGAAAGACAAACUGAAACGAGAGAGCAAUGACCACAAGCAAGCUAAGCAGCAAGUUACAGAACUAUUUACUCAGCUCCAGCAAUUAAUCUCUACCUCCAGUGUUCCAGGAGGACCACCAGUGAUAUCCAAUGGUUUGGUUCCUCCUGGUCCACUUCCAUCUAUUCCUACUCCUUCUCCUGCUCCCCCUCCACCACCACCCCCUCUUCCAGGUGCCCCCCCAUGCUUUGGAAUGGCUCCAUUUGCUCCUCCUCUUCCUCCUGGAGCUUCACUAGCAGCUGCCCAGAAGAAGAACAUUCCUCAGCCACCUAACCCACUGAAGUCAUUCAAUUGGUGCAAACUCCCUGAGAGCAAUAUAGAAGGAACCAUAUGGGAAGAGAUUGAUGAUAUCAACGUGUUUAAAGUUCUGGAUCUGGAAGAGUUCCAGAGGACCUUCUCUGCUUACCAAAAGCCACAGAAAGGUAAUGAGGACGACCAUAUCUUUGCAAAGAAAGUCAAGGAGCUGUCAGUGAUCGACGGCCGCCGUGCACAGAACUGUAACAUUCUGCUCUCACGACUAAGAUUGACCAAUGAGGAGAUCCGCCAUGCCAUCCUCAGCAUGGAUGAACAAGAAGACUUGCCUAAAGACAUGCUGGAGCAGCUUCUGAAGUUUGUCCCUGAGAAGAGUGACACUGACCUCUUAGAAGAACACAAGCAUGAGCUGGAUCGUAUGGCCAAAGCAGAUUGUUUUCUGUUUGACAUGAGCAGAAUCAACCACUAUCAACAGAGACUGCAGUCUCUAUAUUUCAAGAAGAAGUUUGCUGAAAGAGUGUCUGAUGUCAAACCAAAAAUCAGAGCUUUGAAUCUUGCAUCCAGGGAGGUGGUAGAAAGUGGGACUCUCCGUCAGCUCCUGGAGGUGGUUUUGGCUUUUGGGAACUACAUGAACAAUGGACAGCGAGGGAAUGCCUAUGGAUUUAAAGUGUCCAGCCUUAACAAGAUAGCUGACACUAAGUCGAGUGUUGACAAAAACAUCACUCUGCUGCACUACAUCAUCACUUUCCUGGAAAAGAAGUACCCUAAAGUGGCAGCUUUCGCUGAAGAGCUGCAGAAUGUGUCAGAAGCUUCAAAAGUCAAUAUGACAGAGCUGGAAAAGGACAUCAACAAUCUGAGGUCUGGCCUGAAGGAUGUUGAGGCCGAGCUGCAAUACCAGGCUCGGGCUCAGUUCUCUCAGGAUCCCACCGAUAAGUUUGUGCCUGUGGUCAGUCAGUUCAUCGCUGUGGCAUCCCUCAGCUUCUCUGAUGUAGAGGAGUCACUCAGUGAGGCCAAAGAGCUGUUUGAAAAGGCUCUGAGACAUUUUGGAGAAGACUCAUCCAACCUGAAGCCAGAUGAGUUCUUUGGGAUCUUUGACACUUUUCUCGCAGCCUUCUCAGUGGCUAAACAGGACAAUGAGAGCAUGGCCAGAUGGAAGGAGGAGGAGGAGAGACGUAUACUCAUGGAGAUACAGAAGCCAAGGAAAGCCAAAGCUAAUGAAGAAAGGGAGCGUGGUGAGUUUGAUGAUUUGGUGUCUGCUCUGCGCACCGGAGAGUGGUUUGAAGUGGAUAGGAAGAGCCGCGGAAAACCACCAAAACACAGCAUGCAGGACGCAGGGAGUCGGGAGAGACCAGUGACAAAACUAAAUCAAUAACAGAUGUUUUAUGGAUAGCAGCACUGCACUGGAGCUGUUAACACCUGCAGAAAAACAGGAAUGCUCGACCUUCUCCCGUUUCCAGAAGGUCAAAUACUGCUUUUUUGUCACUGGAGACCAUGAGAUACACUCUUUCCACAGCAGUAUUGAAUGCUGAGAGAAAAUGCUCCUGUUUGAAAGACUUCCGAAGGUUUUUUCAUUUGUUUGUUGCUUCUUGUUUUCACUCUCUGUAAGUUGUCAGAAAUACUUUGUUAGGUUUAAGAAAAUAGAAAGAAAAUGGUUAAAAUAUGCUGUUUCACAGAUUAAUGCUACAAGUUGACAAUUAUGCUUUAGGGUACCUAGUGUGUUACAAUUUAAUAUCAAGGAGUAUGGACAAAGUGUUCAUAUGUGAUGAAUAGUGAGUGAGACCAGUCUUGCAUGUCUAGUUAGCACAGCAGAGAUAUUACUUUCAUUAAAAUCCAUUUACUUGUACAUGGUUCAAGUCUGUAUAUAAAAUGCAUACAGAUAAAUACAUUAUGUACAUAUAUACACUUCUGCAUUGUAUAUUUCUUUGUUUAUUUUUUCUUUCUAACCAUGUUUGCACUUUAGCACUUCAGUGUGCUCCAUGCUUUACUGCCAAAAAGAUCAACGGUUAACCAUUAAUGUAGAAUCAUAUGAAAAAGGAGUUACAUCCUCUUUCAGUUCCAAGGCUUUGUGUAUCAGGGCAUAAUAAAAAAAUCACCUGGUUCUUAGCAGGCUCUGUAUAGUGUGUGAAAAAGUAACUACAACCCAUGAUUUUAUAUAACCACCUCGAUGUAAGCAAUGGAGUAAGCACCACCACCCC